CAGGCUCUCAAGGGACCAAGCCCACUUCCCCAGCAGGAUGCACAAGGAGGAGCACGAGGUGGCGGUUCUGGGGAUGCCCGGCAGCCUGGCCCCGGGCAUGGCUCCCGACAGCCUGGCCCCGGGCAUGGCUCCGGACAGCCUGGCCCCCGGGGCCGCCACCACCACCGUGGUCACCAUCCAGCCCGAGACCGCCGAGCCCGACCACGUCGUGUGGUCCCUCUUCAGCGCCCUCUUCAUGAACUUCUGCUGCCUGGGCCUCGCGGCCUUCGCCUUCUCCGUGAAGGCCAGGGACCGAAAGAUGGUGGGCGACAUCCUCGGGGCCCGGACCUACGCAUCCACCGCCAAGUGCCUGAACAUCUUGGCCCUGUGCCUCGGCCUCCUCCUCAACGCCGGCCUCAUCGCGCUCCUGGUGAUCGCCGGCAUAGCCGUUUAUACAGCUAUCCAGGAACGCAGAGGCUACUAGUGUCUGCCCUGCUCACCUGCCCCUCCACCCCGGCCUCCUCCCCUGCG